AUGGAUAUUGAGAACAGCAGUGUGCAGCAAACGCCGGAGAGCGGGCGACCUCCUAAGCGCGUGUCUCAAGCAUGUGAAGCCUGCCGUCGCAAGAAGUCGAGGUGUCCUGGUGAGAAGCCUGCGUGUUCGCUGUGCACUAGGUUGAAGCAGACUUGUGUUUAUGCGGACGAUGGGUCUAUGCCCGAGGUCAGAUCGGCUGCUAUCGAGCGUCGAAUGAACGCUCGCUUCUCGGAACUCGAGAACAAACUCGAAACUCUCCUCAAAGCCAUACCUGGCACGCCGCCUACAAUAUUACCCCGGACACCGCUUGAAAACCAUGUCGAGAGCUCACGAGCAUCACCUAGAGUACCAUCGUCGAGAAGGAGAUCGCUAGAGAUGCCCGAUGGUACCACUCCAUCCGGACUGCAGAUACCGCAUGAGCCCACACGUCUCGAAGUUGCAGUACCAAUUCUUAUGAGGAAAUGGAACUGUCAGCCUAUUCCGUUGUUCCAUCCUAACCUGGAGAAGGAUUAUAUGACGAGGGGUUCCGAAGUUCAAUUUGCUAUUCUCGCCAUGGCUGGCCGUCUUAAUGCACGAGGUCAAGAAGUCGAUGAUUGGUGCGAGGCUAAUGCUCAUCGUGCACGAGAGUUGGCGUUGGGAAGGGUUCUUGCUGGAGAUGUCAGACUGAGCACGAUACAGGCAUUUGUGCUAUUGUCAUUCCUGGACUUCACGAACGAUAAUGGACAACGAUCACACCUGUUCCUCGUUAACGCCAUUUCUCUCGCCCAAACGUCCGGCCUUCUUGACCCACAAGUGGUCAUCAACAACUCGGUCGAGCUCGAGGAGAGACGGCGUUGCUUCUGGAGCAUAGCCAUCAUGGAGAACAUGUUCAAUCUACAAACUCUAACAUUAGGCGCCAAAAGCAUUACGUAUCAUGCUUCGUUCAAACCAGUCAGUCCUAAUGCAACGUCAAAAGGAGAACUGGUGUCGCCAUCAUCGCAAAAUAUCGUGGCCGAUGGUCCAGUUCCUGGCAUCAUCAUCAACACGUUGCCUAUGUUCGACAUAUUCAAGAAGGCUGCCAAGUACGUCACCGACACGAAGAAUGGUACACUCCCAUACCCACCAUGGCAACAGCAAUCAGACUAUGCCGCUAUUCAGGCAGAACUGCUAGAACUGGAGUCGAACUUCUGGCCUGAAUACCGAUUUGAUAGAACGAAGAUGACGCAACAUUCCAAGGAGGCCAUCGAGCAGAACUGGGCUUUCUGGAGCUACUGGCUGGUCAACCAAUUCAUGUAUCACACGAUCCACAUGCUGCUCAAUCACCCCUUUCUUAUAUCUCUUCGGAUAGCUGCUGCUGGGCGAUGCCCUAGGACAUUCAGUCAGGCGUCUUCGGAUCAAGUUGUGGUGCAUUCGAACUGGAUCAUCCGUUGUUUGGAUUUGCUUGAGGAGAAACAAAUCAGUAUCUCGGAUCCGUUCUUGGCUUACUGUAUCUCUGUCGCAAAUACUGUGUUUAUUCACUAUCGCAAUGCAGAGAUACAAAGCCUACGGCAAAACGCGGAGAAGGGAUUGUUCAAAGGCCGGCAGGAACUGGGAGAGCUUUCAUCGCUGCUGAAAAAUGUCGAACGCAUGAGAAAAGCACUAGACAGACUUGAAGCGAUGGAUACAUCCCGUCGCUCCACAAGUCCUCAACCUACAGCUUCAGGCGGCAGCAAACAAGACCUACUCUGGGACAUCCUCAUCUUUUACUCACCAAGUAGAUCCAUCGCCACAGGUCAAGGUCUGUUCAGCAAAGACUUUGCCGCACCCCCCAGCAACGAAACUACAACCAGAGACACAAAUUCGACCUCAAUGCUUCGACCCACUCCCUCAACAGUCCAAAACAUUACUCCCGCUGAUGGAUUCCAAAGUGCCAUUGGCCCUUCAUUCGCCAGGCCCCCUCUACCUACUCCAGCUACCACUGCAAUUCCUGCAACGCCUGGCCAACAGCCUGCGUAUAUGCCUGGGGUUGCACAGUUCCCUACGCCUGCGGAUCCGAAUUACAUGGCGUUCAAUGAUCAGAAUCUUGCUGCCAUCACAGAAUUUUUGGAUCAGAAUUCGGGGAGGAUGUUUAAUGAGUGGUGGGACUUUGGUGAUUUGUAG